AUGAUUUUCUGCUCAUUCUGCACUAAUGCUAAUUUCUAUCACAAAGUCCUAGAGGUGAAGAAGCAUUAGGUUUGAAAAUCAAGCACAUCUACGUCGCCGCCGCCGCCACCGGCCGCCGCCGCACCUCCUCCUAGCUCCGAAGAGGUCAGCUUCUACUUAACUUUCCUAGGGUUGCUGAAAAAAAUGAAGCAACAUAAACUUCACUGUUAUUAGAUUUUGAUCCUGAUCAUACACAGAAAAUGCAGAGAUUCUCAGCAAAAUCAAUACUAUUCUUCUAUAGAAAUGGCGUUUUCACCCGUCCCUUGAGAAAACCAUUGCUGAUUGCACAUGAAAAUACUGUGUCUAAGCUCUUCUCUACCAGCUUUGAAGUUAGUUCUUCACAGUCACCACCACCAAAUCAAAAUUCCUCAAAAUUUGAUAGUAGCAGUGUCAAUUCUAGCUCAACAAGCCACUUUGGCCUUGUUCGCCUCGAAUCUAGUUCAGGAAAUGAUAUAAAUGACCAAAGCUAUGAUGAGUUUGCUUCUGAUGUGGAAAAGGUUUAUAGAAUAUUGAGAAAAUUUCAUUCUAGGGUUCCCAAAUUGGAGCUAGCUUUGAAAGAAUCCGGGGUUGUUGUGAGGUCGGGGUUAACGGAGCGUGUAUUGAAUCGGUGUGGGGAUGCUGGGAAUUUGGCGUAUAGAUUCUUUGCGUGGGCUUCGAAGCAAUCAGGUUAUCAGCAUAGUCAGGAGGUGUACAAGGCUAUGAUUAAGGUUUUGGGGAAAAUGCGGCAAUUUGGUGCGGUUUGGGCGCUGAUUGAUGAAAUGAGGCAAGAGAAUCCUCAGUUGAUUUCGCCCCAAGUGUUUGUUAUUUUGAUGCGGAAGUUUGCUUCUGCGAGGAUGGUUCAGAAGGCUAUUGAAGUAUUGGAUGAAAUGCCCAAGUAUGGGUGUGAGCCGGAUGAAUAUGUCUUUGGGUGUCUGUUGGAUGCAUUGUGUAAGAAUGGUAGCAUUAAGGAAGCAGCUUCACUCUUUGAGGAUAUGAAGUAUCGAUUUCCACCAACUGUCAAACAUUUUACUUCCUUGUUGUAUGGUUGGUGUAGGGAAGGGAAGCUUAUGGAAGCAAAACAUGUGUUGGUGCAGAUGAAGGAUGCAGGCAUUGAACCAGAUAUUGUGGUUUAUAACAAUUUACUUAGUGGGUAUGCUCUAGCUGGAAAAAUCGUGGAUGCUUAUGAUCUUCUGAAAGAGAUGGGAAGGAAAGGUUGUGAACCAAAUGCAACCUCGUACACAAUUCUGAUCCAGUCUCUCUGUAAACAUGAAAAAUUGGAGGAGGCAAUGCGGAUAUUUGUUGAGAUGCAGAGAAAUGGUUGUCAGGUGGAUGUUGUAACCUAUACCACUUUGAUUUGUGGGUUUUGCAAGUGGGGAAAAAUCAAAAGGGGUUAUGAGCUUUUGGAUCAGAUGAUACAAGAAGGCCAUUCCCCAAAUCAGCUGACUUAUCAACAUAUCAUGUUGGCCCAUGAAAAGAAGGAAGAGCUGGAAGAGUGUAUGGAACUGGUGAAUGAGAUGCAGAAGAUUGGUUGCAUUCCCGAUCUUAAUGUCUACAAUACUGUUAUUAGGUUAGCUUGCAAGUUGGGAGAGGUCAAAGACGGUGUUCGGCUAUGGAAUGAAAUGGAAGCAAGUGGACUUAGUCCAGGCAUUGACACCUUUGUCAUCAUGAUUAAUGGGUUUCUUGAGCAAGAGUGUCUAGUUGAAGCCUGUGAGUAUUUCAAAGAGAUGGUUGGGAGAGGGCUUUUUGCUACUCCUCAAUAUGGUACCCUAAAGGUGUUGAUGAAUUCCCUUUUAAGAGCUGAGAAGCUCGAAAUGGCUAAAGAUACUUGGAAUUGUAUCACAGCUUCUAAAGGGUGUGAGCUGAAUGUGGGUGCAUGGACAAUCUGGAUUCAUGCCCUCUUUUCAAAAGGACAUGUGAAGGAGGCUUGUUCAUUCUGUAUAGACAUGAUGGAGAAGGAUUUAAUGCCACAGCCAGAUACUUUCGCAAAGCUUAUGCGUGGUCUGAAGAAACUGUAUAACAGAGCAUUUGCAGCAGAGAUCACAGAGAAGGUAAGGAAAAUGGCCGCUGACAGGCAGAUCACAUUCAAGAUGUAUAAACGGAGAGGAGAGAGGGACUUGAAAGAAAAGGAGAAGGAGAAAAAAGAUGGGAGAAAAAGGAGGGCUAGACAACGCCGCUGGGGUGGAGGCAAUCAGAAAGCAUUAUAAUUUGCAUAGUAGAUAUUCUGAUUUCUGGCAAGAAGGUUAUCAAGCUAUUCAAUUAAUUGGAAAUUAAAUGAUGCGAUUGGUUUCAACUCAUCGAGACAUGAGUGGAAGACUUCAGAAAAGCUUUUUUUUUUCUUUCAGUUUUAUACAGAUAUACUAAAGAAUGACUAAGUAUUGAACGAGCAUGCUUUUCUUCUGCACAUCGAUAUGAUGUGCCUUACAAUCUGUUGGAUGAAACCUCUACUCUACUCACUAGAUGAAAACUAAAAGAGCUUGCCAGGGAGGGAUCCAAGACAUAUUCCUGUUUGUUCUUUGCUGUGGUAUAAAAUUUUCAGGUCUUGACUAAAGUAUAGGCAGAAAGAUCCAAAUGUGGUGAUUCGUUAUGUUUACUUCAUGAAUCAUGAUCAAUAUUGUGUCAACAGAUCUUUUUGUUAUUAUUAAAAUUUAGUCUGUUACUCACUUUGCUGUCUAAUGAAGUUUUUAUAAAAUGUGCCAACAGUUUUGAACAAA